AGAGAGAGAGAGAGAGAGAGAGAGAGAGAGAGAGAGAGAGAGAGAGAGAGAGAGAGAGAGCAAUUUGGGGAAAUUGGAGGGGCCCAUAGCAGUUGCCCGCCUUUGCCUCUAGUGUAUAACCGGCCCUGCAGGUAGUGAGACAGGGGAAGUAGUAGGACACCCAUGCGGCUGCAUUCUCAGGCAUCUGGCAGUCCACAUGGUAUCAGUCCACUGUAGGCUCCUCUCUAUGGAGGGCUAUGGGGAGUGCUGCUCUGAGCGUCCUGCGGUGUCUACACCGUAACCUCUACCAUGCGGAGACCACUUGACCCCAGUCGAGUCUUUACUAUCCUCACUCCAGGCAGACCUCACCAGGAUUUACUUCCAUGCAUCAAUAGAAUGGACUAGGACUAGAACGAAACGUGACGCGACGCACAACGAAGUACCGCACCUCCUGCUUGUUCUGGGUUCAAAAUGAACAAUCCUGACGCUGACAGAGAACUGGAAGAAAGUCAUGGUUAUUCACAGACCAGGGAAUCAGCAGUAAAAGACAAAAGGCGGUCCCCCCCCUCGGACAGGACUCCCACUGUUCUUCACGCAAACCCCCAUCAGAGCCUCUGUGCUGAGGAGCAGGAGAGCCCAGAGAGAGUGGAGCAGAAAGAGAGACUCCAUGCAGAGCUGAAACAGGUCCUGAGCCUGAAGAGAAGCCAGUUGAGAGAAACAUCAUCUUCUACACAAACAGAAAUGGACAGCUCACCGGAGAGAAGCUUCACGCAGGAGGUGGAGGAGAAGGCAGCGACCUCUAAGCUGGUUGAGGUUGUCGUGGAAACAGAAGCUGAGGCAGGGGCGAGUGGAUACAGCGUGACAGGAGGAGAGAGGGGCAUAUUUGUCCAGGAGGUCCUGAGAGAUUCUACAGCAGCUAAACAUUUGAACCUCCAGAAAGGUGACCAGCUGCUCAGUGCUAGAGUCUACUUCGAUAAUGUGAAAUAUGAGGAUGCGCUGAAGAUUUUGCAGUGUGCAGAACCUUACAAAGUCUCUUUCUUCCUGAAGCGCACCAUCCCUCGCAGCGAUGUCACUGUGCAUCCAGGUGCAGCCACCGCUGACCUCAAAGGACCCAAAGCCAAAAUGCAAAGAAUGAGUGUCAAAGGCCUCAAAUCCUUCAAGGCAAAGAAAACAAGGGGCGGACGAUUCGGAUUAAAAAGGCUAAAGGAGAACAAACAGGCCAGAGCAGAAACAGAGGAGGAUAUCGAGGGAUCACCAAGGAAGCUUGAUCUGGCACCAGUCGAUGUGGAAUUCGCUUUCCCCAAAUUCAGACUAAAGAAAGGUGGCAAGACGGGGGCAGCCGGGGGGGCAGAGGGGGCCACAUCCUUGGGCAGAAAGAAGAGCAAGAUCAGAUUUCCCCGGAUGAGAGUAAAACAUGCAGCAGGAGUGGAAGGCCACGCUGACAUUGAUGUGGCAACACCUCAUGGGGAGGCAGACAUCUCUGGAGAAAAGCUCAAGGCAAAGGGAAAGGGGGACAGAUUUGGAAUAACAAUUCCCAAAACCAAAAAAGCAAAAGUGGACCUUCUUCCCUCGUCACAGGAAUCUCUGGAGGUAUCGGGUGGAUUGGCAUCGGGGAAGGCGGGAAGAGGAUCUGCCGAGCUGGACGCUGGCUCAGGGGCCAAGCUGAAGAUGCCGAAAUUAAAGCUUCCCAAGGUUAGGCUUUCCCGUAACUCAGAUGACACAGAUGGAACGGACAGCACUGAGCCGGAACAGUCAGAAUACCCAUUUCACAAAAUGAAAGUCAAAAUGCCGUCAGUUGACGUUACAGGUCCCAAAGGGGGUGUUACUAUUUCUGGUGGGAAGGCUGAAGCUCAAGGAGACCUAACCGUUAAAGGUCUGCAGUCAGGGAUAAAGCUGCCAACUGUUGACAUUGUGGUCCCAAAGCCAGACGUUGAUCUGCAUCUCCCAAAAGCAAAGGGAUCCGUGGACUUGCACGGUAAAGCGUCCGGUGAAAUGAAGGGUGAUGAAAUUGAUGGAACAUUUCUGUCAGGGGCUGGGAUAAAAGUAUCAGAAAUUUCCCUUCCAAAACCACCCAAAGUCACAGGAACGGUCAACAUACCUGACGUAGACAUUUCUGUACCAAACAUGCCACAGGUAGACACGUCACUGCCAAAGGGCAGACUAGAGGGAGAUGUGCACUACAACACUGAAUCAAUUGCCGGAGGAAGAAUCAAAAUGCCAGGAGUAGAUGUCACUCUUCCCUCUGUAACAUUUGACGGUAAAGCUAAAUCAAAAGAGCUUGACCUUGAUGCAAAGGGGGGGAAACGUGACAUGUCAUCAGCAGAUAUCACUCUUCCUAAAAUGCCAGACAUAAACGUCAAUGUUGACAUGCCAAAAGAUUCCUUUGAUGCUGAGGGGGGAUGGGUGGAGGUUAAGAGCAAAAAGAAGAGGGCUUCAAGAAAGCUCAAAAAGCUUUCGUCUAUGGAGGGUCCUGAAAUCGAAGGUGGAAAUAUGCCAUCAAUUGACAUAACCCUUCCUAAAGGAAACACAGAGGUGGACUUUGAUGUUGAUGCAAAGGCAACGGGUGGUAAAUUUAAGAUGCCCUCAUUUCAUGCUUCUCUUCCCAAGAUGUCUUCAGAGGCUGGAAUUGAGGUUGAAGGACCUGGCCUAUCAGGUGGACGGAUAAAAAUGCCAUCAAUGAACAUAUCACUCCCCAAAGGAAGCUUCGAAGGUGACAUAGCAGACGUUUCUGAAGAGGGAAAUUUUAAAAUGCCCCAAAUGGAUGUUUCAUUACCUGAAAUGGAAAUGCACGGGGGUACCAUGCCAUCAGUUGAUAUUUCACUUCCCAGACCCAGUGCAGAGGAAGAUUUUGAUGUCAAAGGCAAAGGAAAACUGGGGAAGGUUAAGAAGCCUAAAUGUGAUAUUUCACUUCCAGAGAUGAACACUCCAGAAGGCCACAUUGACAUUCAGGGUCCUGAUGUCAAGGGUGGAAAGUUUACCAUGCCAUCAAUAGAUUUCUCUCUUCCAAAAGGACGUUAUGAGGGAGAUGGUGAAAUAAAUGUUGAAGGUCCUGAAAUCAAGGGUGGAAAAUUCCAAGGAUGGAAAAUGCCAUCUCUAGAUGUUACUUUCCCAAAAGGAAAAGCAGAGGGAGACAUUGAUGUAGAUUUGGAUGCCAAAACAAAAGGUGGCAAAUUCAAGAUGCCAACAUUUGAUGUUUCACUACCAAAAGUCAAAGGCAGAGAGGCAGAAAUUGACGUAGAGGGCCCAGAAAUAAAGGGUGGAAAAUUCGCAAUGCCAUCAAUAGAUCUUUCCCUCCCUAAGGGCCAAGCUGCUGGAGACCUUGAUGUAGAUUUGGAUGCCAAAGCAAAAGGAGGCAAAUUCAAGAUGCCCACAUUUGAUGUUUCACUUCCCCACCUUAAAACUCCAGAGGGUGAAAUGAAUGUUGAAGGUCCUGAAAUCAAGGGCGGAAAAUUUAAAAUGCCAUCGCUAGAUGUUUCUUUCCCAAAAGGAAAAGCAGAGGGUGAUGUUGAUGUAGAUUUGGAUGCCAAAACAAAAGGUGGCAAAUUCAAGAUGCCAACAUUUGAUGUUUCACUACCAAAAGUCAAAGGCCCAGAGGGAGAAAUUGACGUUGAGGGCCCAGAAAUAAAGGGUGGAAAAUUAAAAAUGCCAUCAAUAGAUCUUUCCCUUCCUAAGGGCCAAGCUGCUGGAGACCUUGAUGUAGAUUUGGAUGCCAAAGUAAAAGGAGGCAAAUUCAAGAUGCCAACAUUUGAUGUUUCCUUUCCACACUUGAAAACUCCAGAGGGUGAAAUGAAUGUUGAAGGUCCUGAAAUCAAGGGCGGAAAAUUUAAAAUGCCAUCGCUAGAUGUUUCUUUCCCAAAAGGAAAAGCAGAGGGUGACGUUGAUGUAGAUUUUGAUGCUAAAGCAAAAGGAGGCAAAUUCAAGAUGCCCACAUUUGAUGUUUCACUACCAAAUUUCAAAGGCCCUGAGGGAGAAAUUGACAUUGAGGGGCCUGAUGUCAAAGGUGGUAAAUUCAACAUGCCAAUAGUAGAUAUAUCCUUUCCAAAAGGACAAGGUGACGGAGAAGUUGAUGUUGAUUUUGAUGCCAAAGCAAAAGGAGGCAAAUUUAAGUUGCCCACAUUUGACGUUUCACUACCAAAAUUCAAAGGCCCAAAGAGAGAAAUUGACAUUGAAGGCCCUGAUGUCAAGGGUGGUAAAUUCAACAUGCCAUCAGUAGAUAUGUCCCUCCCAAAAGGAAACGCAGAGGGAGAACUUGAUGUUGAUUUGGACGCAAAAGGAGGCAAAUUCAAGAUGCCCUCAUUUGACGUAUCACUGCCCAAAUUUAAAGGCCCUGAGGGAAAUGUUGACAUUGAAGGACCUGAUGUCAAAGGCAGUAAAUUUAAUAUGCCAUCAAUAGAUAUUUCCUUCCCAAAAGGAAAAGGUGAGGUAGAUGUUGACAUGGAUUUGGAUGCCAAAGCAAAAGGAGGAAAAUUCAAGAUGCCCACAUUUGAUGUUUCACUUCCAACAUUCAAAGGCCCAGAGGGAGAAAUUGACAUUGAGGGCCCAGAAGUAAAGGGUGGAAAAUUCAAAAUGCCAUCAAUAGAUCUUUCCCUUCCUAAGGGACAAGCUGCUGGAGACCUUGAUGUAGAUUUGGAUGCCAAAGCAAAAGGAGGCAAAUUCAAGAUGCCAACAUUUGAUGUUUCCCUUCCUCACUUGAAAUCUCCAGAGGGUGAAAUAAAUGUUGAAGGUCCUGAAAUCAAGGGUGGAAAAUUUAAAAUGCCAUCGCUAGAUGUUUCUUUCCCAAAAGGCAAAGCAGAGGGUGACAUUGAUGUAGAUUUGGAUGCUAAAACAAAAGGAGGCAAAUUCAAGAUGCCAACAUUUGAUGUUUCACUACCAAAAUUCAAAGGUCCUGAGGGACACGUUGACAUUGAAGGCCCUGAUGUCAAAGGAGGUAAAUUCAACAUGCCAUCAAUAGAUAUUUCUCUCCCAAAAGGAAAAGCAGAGGGAGAACUUGAUGUUGAUUUGGAUGCAAAAGGAAGCAAAUUCAAGAUGCCCACAUUUGACGGGUCCCUGUCCAAAUUUAAAGGACCUGAGGGAAAUGUUGACAUUGAAGGUUCUGAAUUCAAAGGUGGAAAAUUCAGCAUGCCAUCAAUAGAUAUUUCCCUCCCUAAAGGAAAAGCAGAGGGGGAACUUGAUGUUGAUUUGGAUGCCAAAGCAACAGGAGGCAAAGUCAGCAUGCCAACAUUCGAUGUGUCACUUCCAAAGCACUUCCAGAGUGCUGCAGAGAGAAACUUUGACAUCAAAAGCGCAAAAUUAAACAUGCCAUCAAUUAACCUUUCCCUCCCAAAGGGCAACCUUGAGGGUGAUCUUGAUGCCUCCCUUCCAAAAAUGAAAACACCUGAAGGAGGAAUAAAGAUUGAGGGACCAGACAUCAAAGGAGGAAAAAUCAAUAUGCCAAGAAUUGACAUGCCAAACAUUGACAUAUCUGUCCCAGAAGGAAAACUAGAUGGACAUGUUAAGAUCAAGAAAGGGAAAUUCAAGAUACCAAAAGUUGGUAUAUCAUUGCCAAAAAUGAAAAAGCGAGAAAAGGGGAUGAAAAUUAAAGGGCCAGCGAUCACUGUACCCACAGGAGGUGCUGAGAUAGAUGUUGGAAUGGAUGGGAAAGGUAAAAGCAAAAUUGAAAUUCCCACAGCUGAUUUCUCACUACCAAAAAUAAAAAAGACAGAAGUGGAGAUUUCUCUACCUUCCGCCAAUGUAGAAGGAGAUAUGGACCUGGACGGCAAAGGAUCUGGAGGUAAAAUCAAAAUACCCACAGUUGAUGUCUCUCUACCACAUUUGAAGACUGCAGAGGGUAAAAUUAACAUUGAGGGUCCAGAGUUCAAAGGUGGAAAAUUCAACAUGCCAUCAAUAGAUAUGUCCCUCCCAAAAGGACAAGCUGGAGGAGAACAUGAUGUAGACUUGGAUGCCAAAGCAAAAGGAGGCAAAUUUUCAAUGCCCACAUUUGAUGUUUCGCUUCCAAAGUUCAAAGGGCCAGAGGGAAACGUUGAUAUUGAAGGCCCUAAUGUCAAAGGAAGUAAAUUCAACAUGCCAUCAAUAGAUAUUUCACUCCCUAAGGGAAAAGCAGAGGGGGAACUUGAUGUUGAUUUGGACGCAAAAGGAGGCAAAUUCAAGAUGCCGUCAUUUGACGUAUCAUUGCCCAAAUUUAAAGGCCCCGAGGGAAAUGUUGACAUUGAAGGACCGGAUGUCAAAGGAGGUAAAUUCAACAUGCCCACAUUUGAUGUGUCACUUCCAAAGUUCAAAGGUCCAGAGGGAAAUAUUGAAAUUGAGGGUCCUGAUGUGAAAGGAGGUAAAUUCAACAUGCCAUCAAUAGAUAUUUCCCUUCCAAAAGGAAAAGCUGGAGGAGAUAUUGAUGUGGAUUUGGAUGCCAAAGCAAAAGGAGGCAAAUUUUCAAUGCCAACAUUUGACGUCUCUCUCCCUAAAUUCAAAACUCCAGAGGGACACAUUGACAUUGAAGGUCCUGAUGUCAAAGGAGGUAAAUUGAACAUGCCAUCAAUAGAUAUUUCCCUUCCUAAGGGAAAAGCAGAGGGAGAACUUGAUGUAGAUUUGGAGGCCAAAGCAAAAGCUGGCAAAUUCAAAAUGCCAACAGUAGAUGUUUCCUUGCCAAAACUGAAGAAACCAGAUAUUGACAUUGAGGGUCCUGAACUCAAAGGUGGAAAAUUCAACAUGCCAUCAAUAGAUAUUUCCCUUCCUACGGGAAAGGCUGGAGGAGAUAUAGAUGUUGAUCUGGAUGCCAAAGCAAAAGGAGGAAAAUUCAAGAUGCCCACUUUAGAUGUUUCUCUGCCAAAAUUCAAAACUCCUGAGGGACACGUUGACAUUGAAGGCCCUGGUGUCAAAGGUGGAAAAUUCAACAUGCCUUCAAUAGAUAUUUCCCUUCCAAAAGGAAAAGCUGGAGGAGAUAUUGAUGUGGAUUUGGAUGUCAAUGCCAAGGGAGGCAAAUUCAAGAUGCCCACAUUUGACGUGUCAAUGCCCAAAUUUAAAGGCCCCGAAGGAAAUGUUGACAUUGAAGGUCCUGAAUUCAAAGGAGGUAAAUUCAACAUGCCAUCGAUAGAUAUUUCCCUUCCGAAAGGAAAAACUGGAGGAGAUGUUGAUGUUGAUCUGGAUGCCAAAGCAAAAGGAGGAAAAUUGAAGAUGCCCAAAUUAGACGUUUCUUUCCCGAAGUUCAAAACUCCUGAGGGAAAUGUUGACAUUGAGGGUCCUGAUGUCAAAGGUGGUAAAUUCAACAUGCCAUCAAUAGAUAUUUCCCUUCCAAAAGGAAAAGCAGAGGGGGAACUUGAUGUGGAUUUGGAUGCCAAAGGAGGCAAAUUCAAAAUGCCCACAUUUGAUGUGUCACUGCCCAAAUUUAAAGGCCCUGAGGGAAAUGUUGACAUUGAAGGGCCUGAAUUCAAAGGAGGUAAAUUCAACAUGCCAUCGAUAGAUAUUUCCCUUCCGAAAGGAAAAACUGGAGGAGAUGUUGAUGUUGAUCUGGAUGCCAAAGCAAAAGGAGGAAAAUUCAAGAUGCCCAAAUUAGACGUUUCUCUCCCGAAGUUCAAAACUCCUGAGGGAAAUGUUGACAUUGAGGGUCCUGAUGUCAAAGGUGGUAAAUUCAACAUGCCAUCAAUAGAUAUUUCCCUUCCAAAAGGCAAAGCUGGAGGAGAUAUUGAUGUGGAUUUGGAUGCCAAAGCAAAAGGAGGCAAAUUUUCAAUGCCCUCAUUUGACGUAUCAUUGCCCAAAUUUAAAGGCCCGGAGGGAAAUGUUGACAUUGAGGGUCCUGAAAUCAAAAGUGGAAAAUUCAACAUGCCAUCAAUAGAUAUUUCCCUUCCAAAAGGCAAAGCUGGAGGAGAUAUUGAUGUGGAUUUGGAUGCCAAUGCCAAGGGAGGCAAAUUCAAGAUGCCCACAUUUGACGUAUCAAUGCCCAAAUUUAAAGGGCCCGAAGGAAAUGUUGACAUUGAAGGCCCUGAAUUCAAAAGUGGAAAAUUCAACAUGCCCUCAAUAGAUAUUUCCCUUCCCAAAGGAAAAGCUGGAGGAAAUGUUGAUGUGGAUUUGGAUGCCAAUGCCAAAGGAGGCAAAUUCAAGAUGCCCACAUUUGAUGUAUCAAUGCCCAAAUUUAAAGGCCCAGAGGGAAAUGUUGACAUUGAGGGACUUGAUGUCAAAGGAGGUAAAUUCAACAUGCCCACAUUUGAUAUGUCACUUCCAAAGUUCAAAGGUCCUGAGGGAAAUAUUGACAUUGAAGGUCCUGAUGUCAAAGGAGGUAAAUUCAACAUGCCAUCAAUAGAUAUUUCCCUCCCAAAAGGAAAAGCUGGAGGAGAUAUUGAUGUGGAUUUGGACUCAAAAGCAAAAGGCGGCAAAUUCAAGAUGCCAAAAGUAGAUGUUUCCUUGCCAAAACUGAAGAAACCAGAUAUUGACAUUGAAGGCCCUGAACUCAAAGGUGGAAAAUUCAACAUGCCAUCAAUAGAUAUUUCCCUUCCUACGGGAAAGGCUGGAGGAGAUAUAGAUGUUGAUUUGGAUACCAAAGCAAAAGGAGGCAAAUUUAAGAUGCCCACUUUAGAUGUUUCUCUGCCAAAAUUCAAAACUCCUGAGGGACACGUUGACAUUGAAGGCCCUGAUGUCAAGGGAGGUAAAUUCAACAUGCCAUCAAUAGAUAUUUCCCUUCCAAAAGGCAAAGCUGGAGGAGAUAUUGAUGUGGAUUUGGAUGCCAAUGCCAAGGGAGGCAAAUUCAAGAUGCCCACAUUUGAUAUGUCAUUGCCCAAAUUUAAAGGGCCCGAGGGAAAUGUUGACAUUGAAGGCCCUGAAUUCAAAAGUGGAAAAUUCAACAUGCCAUCAAUAGAUAUUUCCCUUCCAAAAGGAAAAGCUGGAGGGGAUAUUGAUGUGGAUUUGGAUGCCAAUGCCAAAGGAGGCAAAUUCAAGAUGCCCACAUUUGACGUAUCAAUGCCCAAAUUUAAAGGCCCAGAGGGAAAUGUUGACAUUGAGGGACCUGAUGUCAAAGGAGGUAAAUUCAACAUGCCCACAUUUGAUAUGUCACUUCCAAAGUUCAAAGGUCCUGAGGGAAAUAUUGACAUUGAAGGUCCUGAUGUCAAAGGAGGUAAAUUCAACAUGCCAUCAAUAGAUAUUUCCCUCCCAAAAGGAAAAGCUGGAGGAGAUAUUGAUGUGGAUUUGGACGCAAAAGCAAAAGGCGGCAAAUUCAAGAUGCCAAAAGUAGAUGUUUCCUUGCCAAAACUGAAGAAACCAGAUAUUGACAUUGAAGGCCCUGAACUCAAAGGUGGAAAAUUCAACAUGCCAUCUAUAGAUAUUUCCCUUCCUACGGGAAAGGCUGGAGGAGAUAUAGAUGUUGAUUUGGAUACCAAAGCAAAAGGAGGCAAAUUUAAGAUGCCCACUUUAGAUGUUUCUCUGCCAAAAUUCAAAACUCCUGAGGGACACGUUGAAAUUGAAGGCCCUGAUGUCAAGGGAGGUAAAUUCAACAUGCCAUCAAUAGAUAUUUCCCUUCCAAAAGGCAAAGCUGGAGGAGAUAUUGAUGUGGAUUUGGAUGCCAAUGCCAAGGGAGGCAAAUUCAAGAUGCCCACAUUUGAUAUGUCACUGCCCAAAUUUAAAGGGCCCGAGGGAAAUGUUGACAUUGAAGGCCCUGAAUUUAAAAGUGGAAAAUUCAACAUGCCAUCAAUAGAUAUUUCCCUUCCAAAAGGAAAAGCUGGAGGAGAUAUUGAUGUGGAUUUGGAUGCCAAUGCCAAAGGAGGUAAAUUCAAGAUGCCCACAUUUGACGUAUCAAUGCCCAAAUUUAAAGGCCCAGAGGGAAAUGUUGACAUUGAGGGACCUGAUGUCAAAGGAGGUAAAUUCAACAUGCCCACAUUUGAUAUGUCACUUCCAAAGUUCAAAGGUCCUGAGGGAAAUAUUGACAUUGAAGGUCCUGAUGUCAAAGGAGGUAAAUUCAACAUGCCAUCAAUAGAUAUUUCCCUCCCAAAAGUAAAAGCUGGAGGAGAUAUUGAUGUGGAUUUGGACGCAAAAGCAAAAGGCGGCAAAUUCAAGAUGCCAAAAGUAGAUGUUUCCUUGCCAAAACUGAAGAAACCAGAUAUUGACAUUGAAGGCCCUGAACUCAAAGGUGGAAAAUUCAACAUGCCAUCAAUAGAUAUUUCCCUUCCUACGGGAAAGGCUGGAGGAGAUAUAGAUGUUGAUUUGGAUACCAAAGCAAAAGGAGGCAAAUUUAAGAUGCCCACUUUAGAUGUUUCUCUGCCAAAAUUCAAAACUCCUGAGGGACACGUUGACAUUGAAGGACCUGAUGUCAAAGGAGGUAAAUUCAACAUGCCAUCAAUAGAUAUUUCCCCCACUAAAGGCAAAGCUGGUGGAGAUAUUGAUGUGGAUUUGGAUGCCAACGCCAAGGGAGGCAAAUUCAAGAUGCCCACAUUUGAUGUGUCACUGCCCAAAUUUAAAGGGCCAGAGGGAAAUGUUGACAUUGAAGGUCCUGAAUUCAAAGGUGGAAAAUUCAACAUGCCCUCAAUAGAUAUUUCCCUCCCAAAAGGAAAAGCUGGAGGAGAUAUUGAUGUGGAUUUGGAUGCCAAUGCCAAAGGAGGCAAAUUCAAGAUGCCCACAUUUGAUGUGUCACUGCCCAAAUUUAAAGGGCCCGAUGGAAAUGUUGACAUUGAAGGUCCUGAGAUCAAAGGAAGGAAAUUUAACAUGCCAUCAAUAGAUAUUUCCCUCCCUAAAGGAAAAGCAGAGGGAGAACUUGAUGUUGAUUUGGAUGCAAAAGGAGGCAAAUUCAAGAUGCCAACAUUUGAUGUCUCAUUGCCCAAAUUUAAAGGACCUGAGGGAAAUGUUGACAUUGAAGGGCCUGAAUUCAAAGGCGGUAAACUCAAUAUGCCAUCAAUAGAUAUUUCCCUCCCGAAAGGAAAAGCUGGAGGAGAUAUUGAUGUUGAUUUGGAUGCCAAAGCAAAAGGAGGAAAAUUCAAGAUGCCAACAGUGGAUGUUUCUUUGCCAAAACUGAAGAAACCAGAAGGUCAUAUUGACAUUGACAGUCCUGAAUUCAAGGGUGGAAAAUUCAGCAUGCCAUCAAUACAUAUAUCUUUUCCUAAAGGAAAAGUUGAAGGAGACGUUGAUGUGGAUGUAGAUGCGAAAACAAAAGGGGGAAAGUUUAAGAUGCCAACAUUUGACGUUUCACUGCCGACAAUGAAAGGACCUGAAGGUGGGAUUGAUGUUGAAGGACCUCAAAUCAAAGGUGGUAAAAUCAGCUCGCCCUCUGUUGACAUAUCUCUCCCAAAGGGCAAUCUUGAGGGUGGUGUUGAUGGAAAAGGUGGGAAAUUCAAAAUGCCCACAAUAGACAUCUCACUACCAAAAAUUAAGAAGCCAGAAGGAGAAAUUAAUGUAGAAGGCCCAGACAUAGAGGGAGGAAAGAUCAGAAUGCCCACAAUUGAUAUUUCGCAUCCCAAAGUCAGUGUCGAGGGAGAUGCCGAUGUGGAUGGAAAAAUGAAAGGUGGCAAACUGAAGAUGCCAACAUUUGAUGUCUCUCUUCCAAAAUUAAAAUCGCAUGAAGGUGAAAUCGAAGGCCCUGAACUAAAAGGUGGGAAGUUUAACAUGCCAUCAAUAGAUGUGUCCCUUCCAACAGGCAGACUUGAAGGUAAUGUAAAAACUACAGAGGGGAAAUUUAAGAUGCCUGCAAUUGACAUUUCACUGCCUAAAAUCAAAUCAACAGGAGACGUUACUGUUGAAGGAGAUGGCUCCUUUGAAAAACCCUCUGCUGAGGCAAAUGCAGGAAACACAAUUAAGCUUCCAAAUGUGAAAAUACCAACAGUUGAUAUCUCUGCGCCCAAAGUUGAUUUGGAUUUUGGCCUUCAAAAAUCAAAAGGCAAUGACAGAGAAGACAUUGAACUUCUGAAAGCUGAAGGAGGUAGGCCUUCCUCUGGGGGCAGUUUCGACAUUCCUGAUGUCACCUUGAGUUUGCCAAAGUUUUCGUUUGGCAAGCUUACUGGCAAGUCUAAAAGUGGAGAGAUACAUUUGGAAGGACGCGGAGACACACCGGAAUUGGAUAUUCAGGGUAGACCUGCUUCACUUGAAAUAGACCAUGACAUUAAUGUCAAAGGAAAAAUGAAAAAGCCUAAAAAGAAAUUGCCCUUUUUUGGGAUGGCAAAGAAAGAGGGGGACAUUAAAAUCACUGGCCCAGGAAUAAAAAAGGAAAGAGAGGGAGGGGAUAUGAAAAUGCCAUCUCUUGAAAUAUCCUUACCGGCAACAAAAACACCAGAACAUGAAGUUCUUCUUCCGAAAACUGAGGUAGAUGUGUCAGAGGCAGACAUUAAGGGCUAUGAGGGUGCACUGAAAAUACCAAAAAUGCCUACAAUUGACAUAUCUGUGCCUAAAGUCGACCUGGAUGGAGGAAAAAUUAGAAUUCCUACUGUGAAAAUGCCAACGGUAACGCUAAAAUCUGGUGAUAUUAAACCACCAGAAUUUGAAUUGGAGGAAAAGGGUGGACACAUCAAAAUGCCUCACGUCAAAAUGCCUGCCGUAGAUGUGUCAUAUCCAGAAGGAAACUCUUUGGACAUUAAAGCCCCAGAGGUACACCUGAAGGGAGAUGGUGCGAAAUUCCCCAUGCCCAGCUUGAAGGACGCUACCAUUGACAUAUCACUUCCAAAACACCUCUUUGAAGGGCGUGAAUUAGACUUACAUGGUGCAGGAGCAAAAUUCAAGGCUCCAACUAUCACCGCGCCAGCACUCGAAGUGUCUCUCCCAAAAGUCAAACCUGGUCAGGUUGAUGUCCAUCUGGAGACUGAAGCAGCAAAGGGGGUCAAAAUCAAGAUGCCCGACAUGAAGAGGCCGAAAGCAGACGUAUCACUUCCGAAGGGUAAAUCUGUCAACAUUACAAUGCCAGAAACAGACCUAGGGGUUGACAUUGGAAAAGUCAAAGCAAAACAUGGUGAACUUAGUGGAAACCUAGAGGCUGAUGUUGACAUGCAUGGAGAACACAAAGGCUUCAAAAUCAAGAUACCAACCAUUGAUGCAGAGGGUCCAAAAGGUGAAAUGGAGCUGAGCCUUGGGCGGCAGAAAGGGGAGGGAAUGAAAUUUGGAUUGCCUGACCUAGAACUUAAUCCUCCGCUGAAUCAAGGCAAGGUAAAAGGUCCAAAGGUCAAGGGCACCAAAUUCAAAAUUGGCAUGCCAAAAAUGAAAAAAGCUGGUUCCGACAUUGAUGUCAAGGCUGACAAGGACGAUGAGGAAAUUAGCGGACGGUUUAAAAUAAAAAAGACCAAAAUGGGGGAGGGCUCUUCGCCAGAAUUUGAGGCUGAUGGUCAAGGCAUCAAACCACCAAUGAUUCCAGAAUUAGAUUUUGACAUUGGGAGCUCUUCAGGUAAUGCAGGUGAUCUUGAAGCAGGAGGCAAAGUCAAAGUUCCAAAGUUUGGCGUUGCAUUGCCUUCCAUUUCUUCGCCUGAGGGUGGCAGCGUCAGUUUAAAACACACAGAUGUAAAAGGCUUUUCUGUGUCAGAUCCAGAGAUUGAUUAUGAAGGGCCAAAAAUGCCAAAGGUGACAAAAGCUGUUUUUGUGAUAGUAGAUUCAGGCAGUCCUGCUGUGUCGGGGGGUAUGUCAGAGCAGCAAGAAGGUGCACACGAAAUAAAAAUGCCAAAGGCUAAAGUGCAAGCGGGUUUUGGAAAGUCUCACUCUAAGGGAAAGGGAGGGGAGGACCAAGGGGAAGAAGAAGUCGGGGGUGACAGGAAGUCAAAUACAGGGAAAUUGAAGAUGCCAAAGGUUGUGCUAUCGCCAGGAAAGUCUGGCUCAUUCGAUGUUUUGUCUGACUCUGGGAAAGAUGAGGUAGCAGGCCUGACCAGUGAAAAAGACAGCUCGAAAUUCGUAAAACUAAAGAUGCCAAAGGUUGAGUUCACGUCACCGUAUACGAAAAACACAUCAGAGACGUCUGAGGAGGGGCAUCUUGAGAUGACCUCAAAGUUGGAGAAAGACUCAGACAAAGAAAGCAAAGGGGCAAAGGUGAAAUCGGGCAAAAUCUCUUUUCCAGGCCUCAAAAAGAAAAACGAGAAAACGGUGGAAGAGAGGGAGGGAGAAUCUGAAGCCACUUUGGUGCACUCCACAGCCAGGACGGACAUGCUAGCUGAGAGAGAGAGCUCAGAGUCUCCUUCUCCACAGAUGGGCUUUGUCUCCGUUCGACAACGGGAACACGAAACAUCCACACAUCUGCACGGCGCUGGACAGGUGCAUGAAAGAGAGGGGCCGACAAGCUGGUACGACCCACCUAAAGCAACCCUGAGCCCUCUAUCUACUGGGCUGCUUCAUGUCACCACAGGUGGCUCCCAGGGGGGCAGCAGAUCCUCACUUCAACACUCAGGCGACGAGGCCUCAGCCGGCUUUCACGUUCAGAUGCCCCGAGUGCAUAUGAGUUCCCUCCAGCACUCCAGCGAUGACGCCUCCGCUGGCCUUCACCUUCAGAUGCCCCGAGUCCACAUGGCCCCGCAAGGCAGACACACGGAGGAGGUCACGGUCACCACAACCAAGGGCUUCUCACAUGACAGGAGGGCCUCCCCCCGGCCGUUUGGCGAUGAAGGCCAAGGCAGACACUUGGAGGAGGUGACAGUCACCACAACCAGGAGGGCCUCCCCGCGGCCGUACAGCGACGAGGCCAUAGGCUUUGGAGGCUACCACGUCCAGCUGCCUCACAUGCAGUUCACCUCACACGGCAGGCUGAGGGAGGAGCUCAUCGUCACGACAACCAAAGAGGAGACCGUCACCGUGGUGACGUCGAAGUCAUCGAAGCAAAUGUUGACGGAGUCUACCACCGAGACAACAACUGAGACUACAGAAGUAACAACUGCAAAAGGCGCUAGUAGUUCGUAGACGUCUAGGUGUUACUGGAGGCGACUGGUGGAAAACAGUCAAUUUUUUUUAUUGACACGUUUUGUAUUAGUACAGUUGUCAUUGUUCAUUUUCUAUUUUUCUUCUUUGUUAUUUGUAUUUUUUUUGUUUCAAUCACAAUAUAAAUACUAUAUAAAUAUACAGCUAUAAAUGUACAACAAUUCUCACAUAUACAGUAUAACGACAAAAACAUUCAUCCAUUCAUUUAGUAAUUUACCCAUCAUAUUUUUUUGUUCCAAGACAGCAGUGCAGAAUGAAACAAACUCAGAUGAGCACAUAACCUCCUUGGCGGAGGUAAUUAACAGACAGAUUGAUGGCAGCAGUCAAACCCUUUGACAAGUAUACAGUACUACGUACUUCUGUAGAUAUAUGGGUGGAUUGCAUAAGCUUCUUAGUAUGAAUCAUUUAACUCUUUUGAUAUUUAAAAAGCUGUGUGCUCUUGUGCCUUACUUUGGUGCCUUACUGACAUGAAUUAUAAGUCUUUUUUUUGCUUUAAAUUAUUAUUUUAACUUAUGUCAACGUCUGAAAUGACAUUAAUUUAAUCAAGGGGAUGAGAUAUUUUUUGUGAAACCGCAUUGUACAGAUCAGACUAUUAAAAGUCAAGAGUACACAUCAAACUUCAAAUGUUCAUAAUAUUUUUCCUAAUGUAAAAAUUUCCUGAUACAUUGUUGUUAGGGGAAAAUCUGUAUAAACAGGCAUUUAUUUAUUGAACUGGAAUAAAUCAUCUCCAAUUUCAAUGGUCCCCAAAAACAAUUGUUCAUUUUUUUGUCUAACCAAUACAAAAAUACACACAUGAUUUGUUUUAUUUCGUGAUCUUGGUUUAACCCCUGAGUUGGGAAUUAGUAUUUCAUGCUAUUGUGAAACACUAUCAGGGGAGUAUUCCAAGAACCUGGCUUGGUAGGAAAGCUGGUAAGGUUAACUUUGAGGGAGUGGUAAACCACCUAAUAGAAGAGCCCUAGAGUCCUCAUUUUUAACUAAAUGACACCUGUAGGCUAUCUAUUAGCAGAUUUACCACUUCCUGUAGGUUAACUUGGCCAGGUUCAGUGCAGAUGUACGAUAAUUAUCGUAUUUGUACCAUAAUUUUGUCCUCUGCGAUCAAAAAGACAUGACGUAGCCCACAAUCAUUUCAUUCGUUUUCAUUCAGAUCAUUUAGAUGCCUUAUAACAACCAUUAGGUUUGUAUACAAUAAUUUCCCCCAAAAAACAUUAAUUUUGAGGUUUUGGUACGAUAGUUUAACAUUUUCCAUCUGGCAACAUUGCUACUUAACCAUGUUUUUGGAAUACCCCCAGGUCAUUCAGAGCCUUAUGUUUGUGUAUAGAAAACUCUCUAUCCGUGUGCUGAGUAGCAUGGCUGUUCUGAGUGGAGAAAAUGCAUCUUGCACUGCAAAUUGUAGUAAAUUAUUUGUUCAUGUGGCAUUUGAGAGAAUGUUAUAAUUUCCAAGAAAAUCAAUAAAAUAUAUUAUGAUAUAUUAA